CAGAGCAGCGCCCCGGGCCGGGUCCCGCUGCCCCCCAACCCCCCCCCCGCCCCUCCCCGUGCUGAUCCCUGCUCAGGGCGGUGGGGACCGCUCGGCCGCUUCACGGUGGGACGCGCUGCAAGCCGACAGCGGAUGAGCUUCCCACCAGCAGAGGCAAACGUCAGGCUUCCAGGCCACGGACCACAGCGGGGACACCGGAGCGUAGCAAAUACGUGGCCGUCAGCGUUGUGCAGGGCCUGGGGGUGUUUCACACCUCCCCGAGGCCUCGGCCCGGGCCGGGGCUGCCGCAGCAGCGGUGCCGGGCUCCGGGCGCUGACGCUGUGUUUUCCUAACAGCUCACCAGAACGGGCAGUAACGUCAUCAAGUCGUGGCGUGAGGCAGAACGGAGCGCUCCGCUCCUCGGCUCUGCGGUGCUUGCAGGAGCGUUUUAGGCCCAGCCGCCACAACGGGGGCUCGGGAGCUUCCCGGGAGCGUGUGUCAAAGAGCACGGAGCCCCAACGUGGGAAAACCACGCGAGCCGAGGGGCACCAGCCAGCGGCUCCGAGCACCGAGGCGGCGCUGGGGGGGAGCCCGGUGCACCCCGGCGCUGACCCUGGAGGGAGAGGUUUCUCCAGCAGACGUGGGCGCGGGAGCUCCGGCAGCCCCGACAGCACCGGGGGACCCGUUUGUCCCGCUGCGCCUUCGGCCCCGCUUCUGGGGGCGCCCGCCCCAGCCCUGCGGCUGAGCACGCAGCUGCCCGGGCAGAGGGGCCGGACGGCUGCUCGGGCGGCAGGGAAGGGUCCCUGGGGAGGCCGAGGCGUGCUGGCCCCUGGGCUGGGGCGGGCAGGCGGGUACCGGCCCGCAGGCAGCCGGGGAGGAAGAGGAGGAGGAGUUAGCGCUCCCUGCGGGCAGGCUGCCCGGCUCGGGGCAGAGCAGGUGGAGGGACGGAGGGGACGCGGCCUCUCGCCCGGCCCCGGGGAGAUGGAGUGGCUGAGCCAGCGCUGCCCGCUGCUGCCCGCUGCCCAGGGCUGCCCCCGGCCCGGCCGCGGCACCUUGCUGCUGGUGGUGACUCUGUCUUUGCUGAUGUACCCGGUGCUGAGGAGUCUCGCCCUUCAGCUGCACUCUGCCGUCACCGGCAGCUACAUCUCUGGGACCCACUCCAUUGCCUUCAUCAACUGCCUCAACGAGCAGAUUGCCAAGGAUAUUGCAAGGGCCAUCAUGGAUAAGAAGCUGGCUGCAUACGUGAACAUCCUGCCGAAGAGCUCGGCCUUGUAUUUCUGGAAGGGGGAACUGGAAGAAUCCACUGAAAUACUGCUGUUAGUGAAAACAAGGACAUCCAAAAUAGGCGAAUUGUCCGACUACGUCAGGUUGUUCCCUGGCCGCCUCGGGGCACGAUUUCCUGCGUUUCCCAAGCAGAGUGGUGAGCACAGCCAGCUUUGGGCCAGGGCCCCUGGCAGUCAGCUGCUGGCUGUGGUAAACCCUAAACUCAAAGCAAAAUUCUCACAUGGCAAAAAGAAGAUGCGGGUGCUUUGAAAUCCAUCCAUCCCUUUGAAAUUCCUGAAAUCAUCAGCCUGCCUGUUGACCAAGGAAACCCUCUCUACCUCAAAUGGAUAGAGGAAAGUGUCCCACGGGACUAACUGAACAGCCAGCACCUCCCUCCCUUUUGGGACUGCUGAGCCGCGCUGGUCUCCCUGCGUAGGCAGGAGUUAUACACACGCGGGGAGGCAGCUUGUAUUUUCACGGGUUUGCUGUAACACAGAAGCUUGGGGUUGGGAAUUUCGUUCGCACUUCAAAUAUCCCCUCCUCGGCCUGAUCCUGUGCUCCACAGAGCACCGAGCAGCCCAGAGACGGCAGGGCCAAAGUGGGGCAGGGCUCCACGCACCAAGGGCUGUUGCAGCAUUGCAGAUGAGAAUACAGAGAUGCUCAGGUCAGGACACUGCGGCAUUUGGGGGCUCUCUCAGGCCCCCAGCAGCAAGUGCCAGCUGGUAGCCAUGACCUGGCAGCCCCCGGCAGCCCCUCCAGUGCCGUGCGUCCUCGCAGCCUGGGCCCGAAACCCUGCCUGGCCCCCCUGCUCCCCCGCAGCGGCUGUCACAGCAUCCUGCCCCACUCUGCCUCCUGCUUCCCCAGCCCGGAGCCCGCAGGCACGCCGCGAUGCUCACGCCCUCUCCUGCCGUCAUGCGAGGUGCUGGUUUGAGUCUUACAAAAUCCGAGGAAACGGCAAACUUGAGCAGACGCUGCAAGCAUUUACCAGGAGCCGCAAGCAGCGCACGCGCUGACCCUGCCCUGCCUGCCGAGCCGGGGAGAGCCGGGCUGAGCUGGGCAAUGUCCGUUGCCAGUUCAGGGAAAGCACGUGCCAGCAGGACCAGGGCAUCGCCCGGCUGCGGGGCAGCACUGCCCCGGCCCUGCAUCCCCUACCCACGCCUGAACGGUGACUUUCGAACCGGGCCAGGUUUCACCUUGUGAAAAGACGCUCACGUUAAUAGUUUAAUGGGAUAUAACUUAUGGAACAAUAUCGAGUUACUUAUGUGACUGGGAAGGGAAUAAACGGGAGCGUUUCGUACCUGGGCAGGCUCACGUGUUGUCGCAGUUCGUGGGCUCAGCACCCGCAGUGAGCUGGGCAAGAGGAAGGGCCCGUCGUGGGUUUGCAGCGACUCUGUCCCACCCGAUGCCGAGCGAUGCUCCGCUGGCUCCCACCUGUGACAAUCGGGCUUGUGGAGAAGCAGCACAGGCGCUUUGCAGGCACGGAGAGCUGUGCUCACACGCUCGCGUGGCCCCAUCAGCCGUCAGAGGUAGCGUGGGGAAGGCUCGCAGGCGCAGGAAAGAGAAGAG